AGUCCAUAUAAUUGCAUUCAUUUGCUGUGUAUUGUUGUUCCCAUAGUUGAUAUACAUUUGGCCACAAAUACUAUUAAUAUGAAUAAAUACAUCGAAAAUGUAAUGCAUUUAAAGAAAAAGUUAGAGAAAGGAGUCUCUUAUGAGAAGACUUUGCAUAUUUUGCAUAAAUUGCACAAAAUUCCCAUAACUAUAGAUAUAUUACACAAGACAGAAAUCGGCAAAACUGUACGCAAACUAAGCAAACAAAACGACUCAGAUAUCGGCAAAACGGCUAAACUGUUGUGCGUCUCCUGGAAGGCAGCCGUCAAAGAGGAACAGGAGAGACAGAUCUUGGAGGACAACGAUAGCGACGACGACAAUCACAACGAUGGCUACGAUUGCGACGAACCGGAUGUCAGUGUUAAGCGAGAAGAGGCGGAGGAGCCGGAGCUCGACGAAGAUCCUGAUGAACAGGAUUUCGACGAAUCCUUUGACAGAACUAUGAAUGUAAUGAACGGUAAACGAAGUGAUGAUAAGAUUAAGAGAGAGUAUAACGAUUCGGACGACGGGUCCGAGAAAUCGCCGGUAAAUGAUAGACACAAACAUAGAGAGGAGAGAUCAUCGGGUGAUAGGAAACACCGAAAACACCACAAAUCGAGUCAUAAGUCGCGCGAAAGCGAGACACAGAAUGGCGUGAAAACCGAAUUUGAUUUACUAUUGGGUCUCAACGACCAGAUUGUUAAAAGGGAUCACAAGAAGGGUUCUGUGGCCAAGAAAAGCGAAUCGCCUGAAAAACACCACAAAUUAUCCAAUCAUUCGUCAGAAUCCAAGAGUCAUAGCAAACACAUUAAGCGCGAGAGAGGGGACGGCGACUAUAGUUCGUCUCAGUCUCGGCCCCCGAAAGAGCUGCAGUCACAGCAUAGACUCAAAUCGCUGGAGCACUCGGACAUACUGUCCAGUCUGCCGACGCCUAACUAUAAACCACUUCCCAAUAGAGAGAUUAUUGACGAGAGGGUGGAGGCGGCGACCCGACGGAAGCCGGUUAAGGCCAACAACGAUGAGCUCAGUUAUAACGUUCAGAGCAAAAAGGGUCGGACGGCUGUGUUCGCGGGUCAGGCCCGCAACCGGACCUACACUCACGUCCAUAAGCUGGAGGACCUGUGCAUCAGUGUAUUGACGGACAAUGUGGACAAAAUCUAUUACUUGGGUGACGCGCCCUACUAUCUGCUCAAAACGGUGCUCCAGAAGUGCAACACUAAACAGUUGUCACGAAUUGAACGCUUAAAUCCUCAAAUAAUGGACGAAACGGACGAAUUAUGGCAAGAGUUCUGCAAAAAGGAGUUCAGUAGACAACGGCCCGAUUCGGACGACGACGAGAGUUGGCGAGAGCUGUACUUAAGGUGCGGUCGGGAACGGGAGGACCGGCUUAAGGACAUCACCAAACAUAUCACUCACAAACAGGCCAAAGCACUGCCAGUAAGACAAACUCAGUUCUCGGAGAACGUGAAGACUCCGCGAGAGAUACUCCGCAAACAAGAGAGAUCUGGUAUUAGCCAGUCGUUCGGCGGCCAUACCGGAGGCACUCACUCCCAAGGCUUCUCAUCAAAUCACGUGAGAAUAGUACCCGAGAAGCCAAAGGUCGCGCCACUCAUGAAGAAGGCAUUGAAACUGCAAAGAGCGCGGUAUAGGAAGUGAUGACCACUUGUUCACUAGUAUUCAAUCAAUGGUUUAUUACAAGAAUUCUAUUAUAGAGAC